AUGGGUGGAGGAAGCAGAUAUCAAGAACCAGUCAGGAUGAGCCGUAGGAGACAAGUAAGGAAAGAGAAGCAAGAAGAUGAAAGCUUCAAAUCUCCAAAUCUUGAAGCUGAGAGACGUAGAAGAGAGAAGCUACAUUGUCGGCUUAUGGCUCUACGAUCUCAUGUCCCAAUUGUCACCAACAUGACUAAAGCGAGUAUUGUUGAAGAUGCGAUUACUUACAUAGGAAAGCUUCAGAUGGAAGUUGAGAAUCUUACAGAGAAACUUCAUGAAAUAGAAGAAGCUCCUCCUGAGAUGGAUGAACAACGAACGAAUCUGAUCAUAAAACCUGAACAUGAAACUAUUGAUUUGAUAGAGGAGAUAAAGAAACUCGGAAUCGAGGAGAAUGUGCAGUUAUUUAAGAUUGGGGAUAGGAAGUUCUGGCUGAAGAUUACAACAGAGAAGAAACCUGGGAUCUUUACUAAACUCAUGGAGGUUAUGAGGUUUAUCGGAUUCGAGAUCAUCGACGUUAGUUUAACAACUUCAAGUGGAGCAAUUCUUAUAUGUUCCUCUGUUCAGAUACUCCAGGGACUCUGUGAUGGUGACUCUGUAGAUCUUGAACAGACAAAGGAAUUUUUGUUGGAAGUCAUGAAAAGCUAUCCGUGA